CCUCAAAAUGACAGAGACUGUAGAACAUCUUCGUGACUUUAAUUAUUAUAAGUUGAAUUCAGACAUAAAAUAAGUUUUAGCUGAAUAUAUUUGGAUUGAUGGUACUGGAGAGAAGAUGAGAUCAAAAACAAAAGUAUUGAUUGUAAAAUAUUAAUAGGUAUAUAGAGACCCAAUAACUAAAUUAUAAGAUUUGGAUUGGUGGACUUUUGAUGGUUCGUCCACAGAAUAAGCAAAUACAAAAUGGUCUGAAAUAUAUUUAAAACCUGUAAUAUAUGUAAAGGAUCCAUUUAGAGGGAAUCCACAUGUUUUGGUAUUAUGUGAAACAUAUUUACCAGACAAAAAGACACCAGCCAGAUAUAAUUUUAGGUAAUAUUUCAUAUCGAUAUAUUUUUAGAUCAAUUGCAAAUGAAAUAAUGGAAAAAGCUAAAGACUUUAAACCAUGGUUUGGAAUAGAAUAGGAGUACUUUCUAUUAAAAAGGACAGGGACAACUCAUAUUUGGCCUUUAGGUUGGCCUACAGGAGGAUUUCCUUAUCCUUAAGGGAGAUAUUAUUGUUCAAUAGGAGAAAGAAACAAUUUUGGAAGAGCAUUAGCAGAAGCACAUUUGAGAGCUUGUUUAAAUGCUGGAAUUAAGAUAGCUGGUAUCAAUGCAGAGGUUGCACCAUCUUAAUGGGAAUUCUAAAUUGGUAUUGCUGAAGGCAUUGAAAUUGGUGAUCAUCUGUGGUUAGCUAGAUAUAUAUUGGAAAGAUUAGGAGAAGAAUUUGGAAUUGAUAUUAAUUAUGAUCCAAAACCAAUAUUAGGAGAUUGGAAUGGAUCAGGUGCUCAUACUAAUUAUUCAGAUAUCAAAACUAGAGGAAUAGGUGGAUAUCAAUAUAUAAUCAAUGAAUUAAUGCCUUUAUUAUAAAGGACCCAUUAAGAAGUCCUAAAAUUAUAUGGAUCCAAUAAUGAAUAGAGAUUGACAGGUAAUCAUGAAACAAGUUCAUAUGAUACUUUUUCAUGGGGAGAUGGUUCUAGAGGAGGAUCCAUUAGAGUACCUGUUAUUACAAAAGAAUAAGGAGCUGGGUAUAAAUAGUGUUUAUAUAUAUAAUUUAGUUAUCUAGAAGAUAGAAGACCAGCUGCUAACAUAGAUCCUUAUUUAGUAAGUGCAGUCAUUGUUGAUGUUGCUUUAUUAAAUAGCACCUAUGUGAAUCAACUUAAAUAAUUAUUAGUUGAUUCUGCCAAGCAAUUGUGA